AGAACAAACAGAUGAGAAAUCCUAAAAAAAAAUAGAACGAAAUAGAGCAAGAAACCGAACGAUCCCAAAGCACCCCGUCCAGAAAGCAUCGAUCAGCGGCCGAGGGAGAGAGUCAGCAAGAACACGUCAACCUUAUCGCCUUCAUUUCCCUUCAUUCUCCUUCGCCGGCCAGUCGUCGUGGAGAAAGUGGUGAAGAAGAAGAAGAAGAAAAAAGAAAAGAAGGUGGAAGAGCCAAAAAAAAGGAGAAUAAUUAACAAGAGAAAGGGAGGAAGGAAGACAAUUGAACAAGAAUUUCAGUGUGAUCGGCUGGUGGAAGUCUUGCCCUAGGCAAGCCAAUCCGCGCAGAGGAUAGAUGGAAUAGUGUUUGGACCAGUAAAGAGUAAAGUAGGCAGAUAUGGUUAUAGUAGUUGAAGGGCAUCCCUUGACUAAGACCAUAACGUCGACUGAAGAGUUGUAUAAAUGCUAUCCAGGGCUUGUAGAGAAGGGCUUCAGUUUUGCCCAGCAGGCAGAAGUGCAGGUUCCCUCCCACUUCACAUUAUUUGUUGCUCAGGGGGAAUAUGGAGUUGUGCCUGCCAAAGACACAAAAGUGAAAAUUGUGGGGUCAGAUGAUGCCACUACCUGUCAUGUGGUAGUGAUCAGGCACCCUUCGGGUACCACGGCUGUGGCACACUUUGAUGGUCGGAAGAAUGAGGAGGAUGCCCUUAAAGCAAUAGUAGAAAAGAUACACAGAAUAGAAGAUGAUGCAAGUGACUUGGAGCUGUUUGUUGUAGGAGGUUACCAGCCUGAGGAAGGAAGCAGAGAGGCAAAAAGGAAUGAAUCUGAGUUGUUAUCACUUAAGAUCCUCCGGAUGUUUAGCCAUCACAAAUGCACAUUUAACCUUUCUUUGUGGUGCACAGGAAGACUCAACACCAGAACUGGGAUGGAUGGCCCCAUGCCUAUUGCAUAUGGUGUUGGAGUAGAUAUGUCAAAUGGACUCAUUUUCCCUGCACACUUUACCUCACAUGAACCUAAUUUACCACUGAGAUCUGCAUCUCGUUGGGUUUCUGAAGGAAUGUUGUGUGAUUUGUACGACCACAAAAAUGGAACAAUUUGUAUUGAGCCUUUCUAUUAUAAAGAUAUGGAAACUUUUUCCUACUAUGUUAACCUGCCAGACAAGGUCUUGUUGAAGAACUUUUCAACAUCUCCAAGAGUUGAGCCUCCCCGGUUUUGUGAUGAGUUACGAAAAGUGUUUCAAGUGUUUGUUGAUCAUCCAGAUCCACACAACACCCUUUUUCCAGAUAACCAGGGUAAAAUUUAUGGUAUGAAUGCUGAGGGACAUUGGGAACAAUUGCAAUAUUGAUGAUGACUGAUUUAUUAAGCUUAAGGUUAUUAUUAUUUUUUUUUCCCAAGAUUGUUAUGUAUCCUUGUGGAUUAUUAUUAGUAUGAACAGAUAGAACUUAUUAGAGGCUUGAAGCAACUCGCAUUUUCCUCAUUUAUCAGUGUUUGAUUCUUUCUUUUCUGUUUUCUACCUCAGUUUUCUGUCAAUAUUAGAAUGAAGUGUUACCAGUUUCAUUUUAGAUUCUCCUCUUCACUUACUUACCUUGAGAAUAUUUUGAUAUUUAAGUUGAGGAAUCAGAGAUCAAAUCUGUAAGGACUAAAUAUUUUGAAUGUGAAAGGGAGUAUUUAGAGUUGAUCCAAGUAAUGUGGUUUGAUUUUUAAAAUGUGAUAGAUAAUGCAAGAAUCAAACAUGUUUAAUUGACUUUUGAUUAAAUACGUAACUGUGAUCUCAUGUGUUUUAGUAUGAAAGCUUUUGUUGAUUUAUGCUUUUAUUUACAAACACAAAAUUGCUAUUUGUGGUCCAGAACAUUUUCAGAUUGAAACAGAAUUUACAGGAUUGCAAUUUGGGAAUCCUUAGACUGCAGAGCUUGCUGUGACAAUACUGUAUAUUAUUCUUUUGAGAGAGUCUAAUGUUUCUACCAUCCACAUUAUUAAAGAAGCUUUCCAUUUUCUGGAGGUGUUUUAUGUUUUGGUCUUCCUAGCAGAAGAAAUUCCAUAUUUAACUCAGCCUUGUGAUGAUAAUCAAUAUUACGCUUGUAUUCUAGGUAAUUUCCUUGCAUACAUAUAUAAACUGUGUUUUAUGAUAUGUAUUUGUCCAUUAUUUUGAUGUAGAAAAGGUUUCAUUGCAAUAGAUUUUUUUAAUUUUUAUUUUGCUAGUAGUUGUAUAAAAUAGGUUUAUGAAAUAGGUUCAAGAUAACAGGUAACCAGUGGAUGAGAAUUGUUGCCUUGGAUUGGUUUCAGUAAUCAAACCUUGUGAAUUAACAAGUGCAUCUGCACCUUGACAUAUGUGUAGGGAAUGUACUAGUAACAAGUUUUAUUAAAAGUUCAUUAAGAAAUUUCCCUUAAAUCAAUUUUGACUGAAUCUAGAUAUUAUAUCCAUGGAUGUGGCAUUUGUACUAGUUUUUACAUCACCUUUUAUAUAUGAUCUCACUGGUCAAAGAUGUUAUAAAGUUUUAAUCAGUGGCAGCAGUUGUGAUGAAAAUUUACCAGUAUUACAAUAGCUAUCACAAUACCAAUGAAUAAAUUGAAUAAAGUAAUUGUUUCUACGAAA